AUGGCGAAAGGCGGCAACAACAACUCACAACCUCCUACCAUGGAGGAGAUGAUGGCCAUGAUCAAUGGCUUGAAGGAGGACAACGCACGGUCCAGGGAGAGAGAGGAGGCCAUCCAGCGCGAGAAUGAAGAGAUCAAGAGGAGAGCGAACGAGCUGCAAGCCAGAAUGGUUGCUAGUACCAGGACUGUGGAGGAGGACGUCAUGCUGGAGGUCCCUAGGGACUUUAGACCAUUCUCGGAAGCCAUAGAGGCUGAGAUGAUCCCUAGGGAUCAUCGGAUACGACAGAUCGAACCUUUUGAUGGAACGCAGGACCCCAGUCAGCAUUUGACGGACUUCCGGGCUCAAAUGUUGAUCUGUGGAGGGAGCAUGGAAGUCCGCUGUAAGUUGUUCAUGGGCACGCUCAAGAAGGCGGCGCUCGACUGGUUUAGCGGUCUUCCUGAUCGAUCGAUCACCGACUUCGAUGUCUUUAGCCGGCUCUUCAUGGCGCAGUUCGCCGCCAACAAAAAGAAGCCACCGAUCACGUCGGAUUUGUUCGACCUCAAGAAGCAACGCGAAGAGUCUUUGAAAGAUUUCCUACAAAGGUUCAACGAGGUCGCCUUGAGGAUAGCGUCAUUGGACGAGAGGAUGGCGGUCAUCGCAUUCCAGAAAGGUUUGAGGUCCGGAGCCUUCGACAUUGCGCUCGAAAGGGCGAACUGUCAAACGAUGUCGGAGGUUCGGGCUUUCGCCUUGAGCCACAUCAAGACGGAGGAGAACCAGAUUAUUAAUAGAGCAGCUGAGAACCGAGAAGCAGGGGGCAGCAAUAAGGAAGUCAACAAGCAUCUCCGACCACGAUCGGAUUGGAGUAAGCGACAGGACCGCUAUAACACGAACGAGGGUAACUAUCGGCAGGCCGAUCAUGUCGGUCGGCCAAGGACCGAAUGGACGCACAACAGGGAAGAAGAGAGGUUUACCCCACUCAACGUUCCCAGGCGGCACAUAUUGCAUGACGUAAAUAGCGCGUCACUUUUCGAGUUCCCUGCAGCGACUGACCGACAGUUGGGACCGUACAAAAUCGAUUGGUGCGAAUUCCAUCGGGCUCACGGGCAUACUACCGAGAAUUGCUUCGUCCUCGAAAGACAGAUAGAGCGCCUCAUUAAGGAGGGACGUUUAAAAAAAUUCAUUGCAGGGAAGCAGGAGGAGGGCCCGUCCGACAGGCGACGCAUGCGUGAAGGAGAAAACACGAGAAGAGAGUGGCGAGAGGGGAGGUCUCCCCCGAGAGAUCCUCCAGAAAAAAGUACAGAGACUCACCAACAAGCUGUCCAUGGAGACUUCAACACUAUAGCGGGAGGAUUCGCUGGAGGGGGCCCGACAUCAGCAGCACGGAAGAGGUACUCUCGGUCUGUUUUAUCCGUCUCGGACCGGGUGAAACCAUCUCGGCCUCCUAUCACAUUUUCCGGACGCCGACUUCGAAGGUGUGUCCCCACAUGA